GCGGCUCCGGCAAGUGCCCCGGCGACACUGGAAGGUCCACACCCUGGGCAAGGCUCUCUUACCCCGGUGGCGGCAGUCCUGGAGAACGGGUUUCCAACGUGCCUACCGAGCGGUCCAUAGUGCCCGUGGAGGCCUCAUCAGUGAUGUGCCAUCGCUUUUGUGGACGGCGCGGCGCUUUCAUUGCUGCUACGACCGCUCAUUCUGGCCCGACAUCCACGCUGUUCUUCAAAGUCUCAUCGGAACUCCAGGCCUCGAAACCCUCCGGUCUGCCUUAGUGCCCUUGGAGACCCGCUGCCGACGGGGCAGAAAGGUGAGAAAACGCGGGACCCCAACCCCGUCCGCAGCCGCCCCCGAUGCCUAUCGCCGACCAGAUUGCAGCUGGUAUGGGCCUCAGCUUGCGCAUCAAUCAGCCUACAUGCCGAUGCUGGCUAGUGCAGCUUGGUGCUCCCUCCGCUCUGCCUUCUCAACCUGCUGUGCUAGGCUGGCCUACCGCCUGAUGACCCGCGCUCACAGCACAGGGCCAGAGCAGAAGCUAGACGCCUGGCGGGGAGGCUCUCCCCCGAGGAGGCUGGACCCUUAUCAGUUCCAGUUUGCGUACACCAUUGGGCACAGGGAUGGCCUCACGUCUACCAGGAAAGGACACACGCCUCCGCAGUCCUUGCUUUAUGCCUGGCCGGCGGCCUCCCUCUGUGAGAAUGCCUGGAAGGAGAAAU